GGCGCGGGCGCGCGCGGCUCCGGGUAGUCGCCUGUCCGCUUGUGGUGUCCUCGGAGCCCAUGGGUCUGCCGCGGUCGCCAUGGUGGAGGUGGGCUCUCUCCUCACGGCGGUGCCCGGCCUCCGCGACUUCGCCAAGGACGAGGCCCUGAAGAGGACUUACUUCUACCCGGCCGGGGACCCUGCCAGGGCCCCCUCGGCCCGUGUCCUCAGGACCCCCGCCCGCUGCUUCCCGCUGCCUCGACUGACCCCCAAACCCUUCUCCAAAGAGCAGGGCCUCCGCUGGGGAGCCCCCGGCCCGUCCAGGCCCGGUCCCGCCGGGGCCCCCCAGGCGGCCUCGCGGGGCCCGGACGGCAGGAUGCCCAGCCUGGCCGGGCAGGAGGUGGGCGGCGGGGAGGCCUCCCGGGCCGGCUCGGCCUCCCCUCACAAGGCCUCCGAUCUGCGCCCCUCUGUAGCUGUCCUGGACACCCACAUUGCCGGUCCCCCGGUGGGGAUGGGCACCGGGGAGCCGUGUCUGGGGACCCGCGCGAGUGUCCCCCGCGACCCUCCCUGCAGCUCCAGGCCCCAGCUGGCCGUCAAGCCGGCCUUGCCCACUCACAAGCCCCCCGGGAACCUCCCCCGGCCGGCCUCCCUGUCCCUGGAUGCCAGAUCGGCUGCCCCCCAGCACGAGGAGGAGGGCCACGCACCUGGGCCCCGGCUGCGACCCAGGAGGAGGCCCGUGUCCGCCGUCUUCACCGAGUCCUUGCUGCUUCCCGGGCCAGGCCCGGGUGGGGCGGCCCUCGGGGGGAAGCCGCCCCCCGUCCCUCCCGAGAAGACCUGGGUCAGGAAGCCCCGGCCCCUGUCUGUGGACCUCACAGGCCGCUUCGAGAGCAGGGAGGUCCUGCUGAGGAGGGGCGUCGGGCCCGAGCGCCCGGCUGCAGAAGGGGCCAGUCCUGAGCCCACAGUGGACGUCCCAGCGGCUUCUUCCCGGCUGGACCUGGACGCAGAUUUCUGGGAAGUGGCCAGGAAAAUCCAAGACCGGAAGGAGAAGAUGCUCUUGAAGCAGGCAGAGGCAGACAGCCCCAGAACCCGAGGGGGCCAUGCCAGGGCCAUCUCGGGAGGAGACCAGAGUCCUGAGGAAGAGAAAGACCGGCCGGACCCUGAGCCCCAGAAAGUGCCUGAGGCCCCUCCUGUCUGGCUAGGAAGAGGCCCGGGACCCGCCGAGGCCAAGAGCAAAAGGGCUGACCAGGAGGCCUCCGUGGGGGCAGAGUGGAUGCCCAUGAGCAGCGUCAAGAAACGUCUGAGCCUGUUUGGGGAAGAGAGGGCCUUGGCGCCGGCAGCGGGAUCUGAAGCCACCGUGGCCACCCCCGAGGUUCCUCUGGCAGCACCGAAGUUGGCGAAGGCAGGUGUGAGUGUCCAGGAGCGGAUCAAAGGCUGGGCAGCUGAGAGUGCCGAGGAGAAGGUGGAGAUCGGGAAGAGGGCGCUCCAGGCUCGGCCGAGGUCAGCGGAUUUGACCAAAGUGUUUUCAGGUUCGGCUCCCAGCAGCGAGAUCAGAUAUGAGAAAUGUGCUGCGCUGGGUUCAGAGCGGAGAGAAAAGCAGAAGAUGGAGAACAUCCCCACCCCACGAAGCCCCUGGAAGCCUGGGGACCCCCAGAAGGCGUCCAGACAGACAGAGUGCCACGCCGGCUCCAGCCAGGACCCGGACAGCCCUGGGCAGGCUUCUCGGGUCUCCCCUGAGGGCGAGGGAAGCUUCCAGACGGUGUGGGCCACUAUGUUUGAGCACCACGUGGAGAAGCACUCGGUGGCUGAGCAGGGUGCCCACCUCCCAGCCAGCCUCUCGAGUCCCAGAUCCAGGCCUGGGGGUGGAUCGUGGCCGGCGGGCCAGGCCGUGCUUUCUGACUGUGUUCCCGGACCGUGCCCCGCGCCAGCACCGGAAAAGCCGACGGUGGGGGACAGCCGCGGCCAGGCCUCCCUCCCCAAGCACCCGGCCAGUCUCCCCUGGGUGCAGAGGGUGGAGCCCAGGCUGGACAUCGUGCAUGCCAUCGGGGACAAGGCUCACAGCGAGGCAGUGGCCACGGCCGUGGGGGACAAGGCGCUGACCCUGCACAGUGCCAGGUCCCGGCGCUCACUGCAGGGCCGGCGGCUGACCCAGGAGGUCAGCCCUGCUGCCCCCGAGGACGGGCCUGAGGCUCCGGUGGGCGCCGUGCACAGGGCCAGUUUGAUUUGGGAGGCUCGAGGACAAGAGAGCAUCGGGCCGAAGCUCGACUUCCAGGAGCCCGGGGCCGCCCCAGGGAGCAGUUGCUCGGCACCCAGGGGGACCGGCGGGGCAGGGGCACCCUGGCACAGCGCCGCGGCGGCCCGCGCCCAGGAGACCUGCUCUCGCCGGGACAUCUCCACCAAGGUGGCCCAAGCCGCCCCUUGGGAGGCCCAGCGCCAGGGCCCGGACGGGGUUGGGCACAAGCCUGGAGCCGACCGGGCGCCAGCUCAGGGUGGCACCCCAGAGCCUCCGGCCUGGAGCAAGGACCAGGCCUGUGAACCCCAAGCUCGAAGACAUCCAGAGGCCAAGGAGCCCCUCCCAGCUGCCUCGGCGGGCGACCCUCCGCCGGCCCGGGGGCCAGAGCCUGGGGUCAAGCUGCGGAAACCCCACCCCGGGGACCCCAGAACGGACAGGUGGAGGCGGCGGACUCUGCCCCACGCCACCAAGUUCGAUGUCUUCCGCUUCCUCCCCCCAGAGAACUCGCACAAAGCGGAGCAGAGAGGCCCCCUGUCCCCCCCGGCGGGCGCCCCCCGGAAGCCCCCGGAGCCGCGGGGGGUACCCGCAGGCCCCUCGCGGUCCCCCGCCUCGCCAGGACCCCUGGGGUCACCCGGGGAGCCCCCGGCCACGUUUUUUGCCGUGACCUACCAGAUUCCUGAUACUCAGAAGGCGAAGAGCAUGGUGAAGCUGGGGCUUGAGAACUUGCCGGAACAUUCUCGAAAAACAGCCCUGGCUGCGUCCCCCCAUGCUUUCCCUUCUGCUGUGGUUCCUCCAAGCCAGGAACAGCCCUCGGGGCCCCCGGGCAGCAAGCCCCGGGCCCCGGGCAGCGGAGGCGACCACGCCACCACGGCGCCCAAGGCUAGGAAGGCCACGGAGCGUCCCUGGUCCGUGGGGGACGGGGUUCGGGACUGGCCCGGGGACAGGCCGCUGGCCACGGGCGCUCUGUGGAUACCCCCGGGCUUGCAGGACGGCUCUGCACCCCCAAACCCCAAGAAAGACAGCUGGCAUCAGGGGACCCUGAGUGGCCCCCAGGCCUCUCCUGACCUGAGAAGCCAGUGGCAAGCCGGCGGACAGCCGGGCAGGAGGAAGACCGGCGUGAUCAGUGACACUUUCCCUGGAAAAGUGAAAGAUGCCUACAGGCCCAGCGUCCUCGACCUUGAUGCCCUGAUGGCCGAGUACAAGGCCAAGACCGCCAGCGCCGCCGGCCAGCCCCGGGCCCCGCCGCCCAGCCCCACGGAGGAGGCCGGCACCUGGCCCCCGGAGAGGCCGGCCCGGCCCGGCGGCCUGGCUCCCGAAGCCCAGGGUGCCUGGAAACGAGCCAGCGUGGCCCAGAUGGCAGAUAGUCCCACCUUUGGCCCCAACAAGCCACAGAUGGGGGACCUGGGGCCCCCCAAGUUCACCUCGCCCUUGUGGGGCCCGCCCCUGUCCAUUCCUGCCCAGGCUGCUUCCAGCCCCCCAAGGAAAGUCUCUGCCCUCACCCAGGAAGGACAGGGCGCGGUGGCGACCAAGUCCCAGAGCCAGCCGGCCGGGGCCAAGCCCCCUGGCGGGGAGGAUGCCGGCAGCAGCGGGACCUGGGUGGCCCCCAAGUCACCCCCCGCCGAGGCGAAGAAAGGCCCCCCACGGACACCCAGCAGGCGGGGGCAGGGGGACGGCCUGGCCCCGUGGAGCGGCCCCCCGGGUGAGCCCAGAAGGCCGCUGGAUGUGAAGAGGGCCUGUUCCGAGAAGGGAUCCCCUGCCAGGGUCCGAGAGGGCCUGGCCGCCGCCCAGGAGGCCGCGCAGAGGCGGCCAGAGCAGCCGAGGGGGAGGCCCGGCCUCACCCCAGAGCAGCCCGAGGCCCAGGCGGGGUUGUGCCGGCGGGAGCCCCCCACUCCGGACAGCCAGCCGGUGUCCCCGUGGGAUGUGGGCCGCAGCAGCGGCCCCCGGGGCAGUGAGCAGCCCCUCCGCACGCUGUUGCCAGGGGCUGCCGGACCCCGGAGGAGCCAGAGCCUCUGCCAGGACCAGCGGGCUGUGCUGUGCGUGGUGAGUGGUGCCCGCGGGCGCGUGGCCAUGGGCUCGAAAAAUCCUGGCGUCCUGGGGCCGGGAAAGGCGCUGACCAACGUGGCGGGGGUCGGGGGGCUCGGCGUGGUCCCCCGCACCCCCAGCGGCUUCUCCCCACAUUGCGGUUAUUGCCUGGUUGUGGUGUGGCGUCUCUGGUCCCCACUGUCCUCUGGCUUGGCUCUCGCCGGGGGCCGGGCUUGGAAGCGAGGGUCCUGGGGGUUGAGGCCCCCGGGGGCCCUGGGGGGGGCUGUCUCGGAAGUGAGUGAGCCGGACGCGGGCUGCACGCCAGGUUUGGAGACGCCAGCCCAGGACGGCAAACCUGCCCGGGUCAGCGAGCGAGGCCCGGGCCCAGGACGCCAGGCCCAGGACGCCGUCCUCGCCGGGUCGGGACGCCGCCGCCUCCAGGCUGGCCCCAUGGAUUUCCUGGGGGACAAACUCACCGUGGCCCAGUCCCACGUGACGCAGUGGGUGGGCGCCGUGCGCCGGUCGCUCCAGGACGCCCUCAGCCUGGUGACCACCACGGCGGGCCCCGGCGGCCGCCGGGAGUGGACCCGCGGGGAGCCUGCCAGCCGCGCCCCCUUCCGACGCGCCUCGUCGGUGCGGCACCUGGCCUCCCGCGGCCGGGACUCCUUCCGCCGCUUUUCCGCCCGGAGUCAGCAGCGGUUCUCCUCCCUCCGGAGGCGGCGCGCGGAGCCCGAGGCCCCCGACCGCGGAGGCUUAGCGGACACCUGCUGGGCCCGCCUGGCCCUCCCAGGCCCGCUGUCCAUCAUGGCAGAAGCCGGGUCUGAUGACCUGACCGGGGGAAAGGGUUCGCUCCGCUCGCCUCCCCCGCCCCCCACUCCCCAGGUGACCUCAGGUGCCCAGGGCCUGGAAGCCCAGGCCUUGUGGCUCUUUAACACAUCAGCACCUCCAGGCAGGCCCCCUGCCCCUGCAGACGAAUGA